AAAUUAAUGGAGAAAUUAAGUAGUAAAAUUUUAAGAGCUGAAACUCCAAUUUAGACAAUAUCCAAUAGAUUAUAAGAGUUAUAUAAUGAAAUUGAUAAAAAUAAUAAAAAAAUAACGAGAUUUGAAGAAACAAUUGAUUAAAGCAAUAAAGAGGCUACAUUAGCUGUAAUAGAAUCAAAAUUAGGGAAAUUACAUGAAAAUUAUUAAAUUGAAUUAAAAAGAAGAGAAUGGACUCAAAAAGUAUGAUAUUUUAAAUCAAAUUAUGAGCAUAUUUAAGAAGUAUUGAGAUAGUAGAAAUUAUACAAUUAAAGAUAGAAUGAAUUGUAUGAUAGUAAUUUUGAGAGACCUCGUAAUAAAGAAAUUGAAGAAUAAUAUUAUAAGGAUCCAAAAUAUUUAUUGAGAAAACAAAUUAGAUUGCGUGAUUAUUAGAAAUAUAAAUAUGAAGUAGAGUAUAUUUUGAAAUGA